AUUUAUUUGAUGAUUUCUUUGACUCAGAGUGGCCUGCUGAUCAUCCGCUGCCUUUACCAAAAUGGGGUAUCUCAAACCCAUAUUUUGUGAUCAAUUCUAUAGAGGUAUACGAAGAGAUAGUAAAAAACUUCGAAUAUGAAUUACAAAUGUUGUUGAAAACAAUCAAUUAUGAUUCAGUAACUAAUUUUAUCGAAUUAUAUGAUCAGUAUAAAAAGAACAAUCAUCUGUCAUUUGAAGAUUUUUUCAGAAAAUACAUACCAACUCUAAAUAAAAAUGCAAACAAUUGUGUUGGACUUGCAUUAUUAUUGAUUGAAAAAUUAAAACAAUUUGAUGAUCGCUAUUCAGGAAUUAAAAAUUGUUUUUACUUGGUUUCAUGUGAAAUAAAUUUACAAAGCUUUGAUAAAUAUGAGAAUACUGAAUACCCAUGUCCAUGGUUAAGUGUUAAUGAACAUAUUAUGGUCGCAUUAAAAAUUGAAAUAGAUGGUCGAGUUGGAGUUUUACUUUUAGACCCUGGUUAUCCGUUAGACAGAGUUAUAACAGUUAUGAAUGAUCAAGAAUACCCAAAUACAGGUCAUUUUUUAUCGUCAACGAACCCGGAGGAGGUUUAUUUAAUAGAAAUGAUUAUGCAAGGAAAAUAUUUGCAGUGGUCAAUUUAUGAUGAAUCAAAUUUAAAAGAAACCAAUCUUAUUUACAUAGGGGCUCCUUAUCUUUCACCAAUUAGUGUAACUGAACGGAGAAAUCUAGUAUUCACUUACCGAUUUUUCUUCUCACUUAGUGAAAAAGGAGAAAAUUUGAGUGGUAUUUUUGCUAAAAUCGAUGAACAUAUAUUGUGUUUAUACUAUAUUGAUGAAGAUUAUCCAAAAGAAAAACAGAUAAUUAAAUUAACACCCGAGUUAUUUAGCUCUGUGAAUCAACUUAACUCGGAUAUUAAAAAAACAUUGGACCGAAUUUCCCAUCAUCUUAAAAUAUCAAGUAAAGAGUUAUGGAACAUUUUAACUAAACUCAAUCACAUUAUUGAAGACGAACAAUUUUUAGAUAGUUUGUGUAAAAUUAAUAAUGAUAUUCAAAAUCUUAAUAGUGGUAAAUAAAAAAAAACAGAUUUGGAUAUCGCCUUCACAUGAUUCAUUAGGGAAAAUGUAAAUUGUAUACCACUUAAGUCAGACAGCAAUAUCAGGUUCAUCAAACUCGUUAAAUCACUGUAUAUCGAUGGAACAUAAGGAACGAUAUAUACCAAUCACACGAUUAUGAUAACAGCAGUAGUAAGCUUACUGCCACUAGGCUCAUCGGAUAUUUUUCUUGGAAAGUCUAAUACCUUUUUAAUAGAUUGUCAAUAAAAGCUACAAAAAUUCUCACUAAAAAUAUUUAUAACGAACAAUUAAAUCUUUUUUGGUAUUACAUGUUUUUUGUAAUAGUGGGAGUUAAAUGGGGAUACUUACCUCUCCUCUUAUUUGACUUAACUUUUUAACUUACAAUAUACGAGAUGUGUAAAUAAAGUAAUGAGACUGACAGCGUAGCUUGUAAAUUGGUAGUAUUAAUAGUUUUCCGUAUUAAAAAUUUUAUAGAUAAACAUGUAAUGUGCCUUCAUUACGAAUUUGAAAUCCACAGUGUCAUA